AUGUGUGACGAAGAGGUUGCCGCUUUGGUUGUGGACAAUGGGUCCGGUAUGUGCAAGGCCGGUUUUGCUGGUGAUGAUGCUCCAAGGGCUGUCUUUCCAUCCAUCGUCGGCAGACCCCGCCAUCAGGGUGUCAUGGUCGGUAUGGGUCAGAAAGACAGCUACGUUGGAGAUGAAGCCCAGUCCAAGAGAGGUAUCCUCACACUAAAAUACCCCAUUGAGCACGGCAUCGUCACAAACUGGGAUGACAUGGAGAAGAUCUGGCAUCAUACAUUCUACAAUGAGUUGAGAGUUGCCCCUGAGGAACACCCAGUACUGCUCACAGAAGCUCCCCUUAACCCCAAAGCCAACAGAGAAAAGAUGACCCAGAUUAUGUUUGAGACCUUCAAUGCCCCAGCCAUGUAUGUGGCCAUCCAAGCUGUGCUGUCUCUGUAUGCAUCUGGUCGUACCACAGGUAUCGUGCUGGACUCUGGUGACGGUGUUACCCACACUGUCCCCAUCUAUGAAGGUUAUGCUCUGCCACACGCCAUCCUUCGUCUGGACUUGGCCGGACGUGAUCUUACAGAUUACCUGAUGAAGAUCCUCACUGAGAGAGGCUACUCAUUCACCACCACCGCUGAGCGUGAGAUUGUCCGUGAUAUCAAGGAGAAGCUCUGCUACGUCGCUCUAGACUUCGAGCAGGAAAUGGCCACAGCCGCUUCUUCUUCCUCCCUUGAGAAGAGCUACGAGUUGCCCGACGGUCAGGUAAUCACCAUUGGUAACGAGCGUUUCAGGUGUCCCGAAUCUCUGUUCCAGCCAUCCUUCUUGGGUAUGGAGUCUGCUGGUAUCCAUGAAACCACCUACAACUCCAUCAUGAAGUGCGAUGUUGACAUCCGUAAAGAUCUCUAUGCCAACACCGUCUUGUCCGGAGGCACCACCAUGUUCCCUGGUAUUGCUGAUCGUAUGCAGAAGGAAAUCACCUCCCUGGCCCCAAGCACAAUGAAGAUCAAGAUCAUUGCACCCCCUGAGCGUAAAUACUCCGUCUGGAUCGGUGGCUCCAUCCUGGCUUCCCUCUCCACCUUCCAACAGAUGUGGAUCUCCAAGCAGGAGUAUGAUGAGUCCGGCCCAUCCAUCGUUCACCGCAAAUGUUUCUAA